AUGCCGCUCUCUCUCCUUGCUGAAUGCACGGCAUUCAUCCUUGCCGCACUUUGCCUCAUCAGAAUCGUUCGCGAAUACUUCUCGCCGUUAUCAUCUAUUCCCAGUGCAGGAGUAGGUGCAGCGUACUCUCGCCUGUUAUGGGCUUUCCCCACAGAAUUCAGAGGACGCAUAACCUUGGAUCUGCCCAAACUUCAUGAGAAGCUCGGUCCUCUGGUUCGUAUCAGCCCAAAUGAAGUUUCAUUUUACUCCAUGGAAAUGUAUGAUGCCGUUCACAAGGUGAAUAGCAGAUUCAAGAAAGAUCCGCGGGUGUAUGGAGAGUUUGUACAAGGGGGCAGUCCUGCUUUGUUCUCAAUAACUGACCCCGUGGAACAUUCGAAACGUAGAAGACUCAUGGGUCAAUUGUUUAACCGCAGCCAAAUGUAUAAAUUAAAAGGACUGAUGCUGCAUCAUAUCGAUCAGUUUGUGCAAACUGUUGCAUCAAGUAGAGAUAGGGUGAAAUUGUUGCCAGUAUGUCGCGCACUCGAAGCGGAUAUUAUGUCCCAUUUCUCAUUUGGUCAUACGAUCGGUGCUCUAGAUGCAUACUUUCAAGGAGCUAAACUUGAUAUGAUAGCAAAAAAUGAUGAAAAAGCGACUUGGAUGCCUCUGCUGACUAGUUUUCCGGGUUUGUGCAAUAUGUGGGAAUGGGUGGAGCAAAUUGUUUCCUCGAAAACAGGCUACAGGACUCCAUACAACAAAGCAAUGCACGAUUUUCAUCAGGUAAGUAUUCUUCCAUGGAUAAGAUCCAGUCUACUAACUUCUAUUAGUGGGCGGAGAGAAGUUGGCGCACAACGCUUUCAGACAACGCAAAUCAGAAAAAAACCGACCUCCCCCUUCCCAAAUUUGGUCCAGACCAUGAUCAAUUCAAACCUACCUUCUUCCACAGCUUUGUCAGAAGCGACAGAAAAUUUGGGUCCAGGUACCGAUACAACCUCAGCAACUUUAGCUCACAUUUUGUGGACUUUAAGAAGUAAUCCUGAUUUUCAAGAAGAGCUGUUCCAGGACCUUGCCGCGGUGAGUUUUCCCACGGAUAUGACAACCUUAGAGGGUAUACCCAGGUUUUGGGCGUGUAAAAAAGAAGGUAUUAGAUGGACCGGUGCAGCUGCCGCCAUGCUUCCUCGUCUUGUACCUGAGGGCGGAGCAGAAUUCUAUGGCAACUUUUUACCGGAAAAUACAGUAAUCAGCUCAUCGCCAAUUUGGUAUCUUCGCGACUCAGUCGCAUUUCCAAGGCCAAAAGAAUUUGAUCCGUACCGAUGGCUUACAUCUGAUGGGCAGAAGAUUAGAGAUGAUCCUCUACGGGAUAAGUUCUACAUACCAUUCUCCAAGGGUGCAAAUAUUUGUAUGGGCGCACACUUUGCAUAUCUAGAACUGUUCCUAUCGAUUUCCCAAAUAAUCCGCAACUUUCGCGUACACAUGCAUCCUUUACCUCAUCAUCGAUCAUAUUCGGAUGAAGAGAAAAGGUCUAGCCCUGGAGUAUUCCGGCAUGUCGAAUUACCAAAUCGAAGAGAGUGGGUUGCAGCUGUACCUACUGAACGUUUGAUGGUAGCGCUUGAACCAAGGUUAUAA